AACGCCUGCGGAACCGGAAGCGCAGGGGGCGGGUUCUGCUUCCGGGGGAUGGCGGCGGAGGGGCCGGGCGCUGCGGCCGCUCAGUGAGGACGGAGCGCGGUGGGAUGAGCCGCAGCCGGCAGCGCUGAGCCCCGAGCCGGACAUGGCAGCGGAGUCGACGAUCCCCAUCUGGCAGAACAAGCCCCACGGCUCCGCGCGCAGCGUGGUCAGGAGGAUCGGCUCAAACCUCCCGUUGAAGCCCUGUCCCCGUGCGACCUUCGAGGUUCUACCACAUGUUUCAGAGCUCUAUUUAAACGACGUCCCUCCGGUCCCCACCUUGGCAGACAUUGUGUGGAUCGCGGCAGAUGAGGAGGAAACGUACGCCAGGGUCAGAAGCGACACUCGCCCGCUGAAGCACAAGUGGAAGCCAAGUCCCUUCACUGUUAUACAGCGCAACGCUUCGGUCCCCAACCUGAGGAAGCAGGAGGAGAAGCUGCUCGCCCUGAAGAAACCUGGUUUACCGGCACUGAGCCGGACGACAGAGCUCCAGGAUGAGCUGAGUCACCUGCGGAGCCAGAUAGCCAAAAUAGUCGCUGCGGAGUCAGCUGCUCCUUCAUUAACACCAGAUUUACUAUCUCCAGGAAGUUCAAACGCAUCGUCUCCUUUACCCUGUUUUGGACCCUCUUUCCAAUCCACAACUUCCUUUGUCAUUAGCGAUAUCACGGAGGAGGAGGCAGAACUGGAAAGCCCCGAGCUGCCGUCGGUCUCCCUGCUUUGUUCUGCAACCUCCGAGUGUUUCAAACCCGACCCGAAGGAUCCCGACGAGGAGGAUUCGGUGUCUCUCUCCAAGGCCAGCAGCUUUGCGGACAUGAUGGGCAUUCUGAAAGACAUUCACAGGAUGAAGCAGAGCAAGGACUUAAAUCGGACUUCAAUGAAGGAGGAAGACCCGGCCGUUCUUAUAGCCGAAGUUCUGAGAAGAAAAUUUGCCCUAAAGGAUGAAGAUCUGGCCCUGAAGGAGAAAUGAUGGCACUGUCAUUAACCUCCCUAAGCAAAAGUGUUAUGCGUCCAGAAUUUUCUCCACAGUAGCUGCCUUCCUAAGGAUUGAGCCUUUUGCCUCUUUUAUUAAUUAGAAAGUGUUUCUGCACCGGACACUUACUUAGGAAAGACCCGACGGAUUUGAUGUGUUUUCCAUGUAUUGUUAUAUUUAAGAAAAAACUUUUUAAGAAGGUGGAAAUUCUUUUCCACCUGUAUUUUGAUGUUGAUUGUUGAUAAGGAUCUUCUGAAGAGCGCAACGAGUGCUGCUGGAUGACGUUCUUUCUACCUUCAGUUUUCCUUAGGUUCAAAUGAAGCAUUAACUUAUAAUGGUCUUGUUACACUAGAACUAGUUACCAUUUCCAGUAUAAAUAAUGUCAAACGCCCAGUUCUUUCCCUGUUCUGAGUACGGUACGGAGCUACUGAGCAUCAGCUGAUUGUCGUUUCCAGGUCGUCAGCGUUUAGGAGGUUGUUUAAUCAACGCAGUAAAAGGUGUUGUCCCGGUACCUCUGCAGGAUGAACCAGCGAUCAGACCCCUUGGUCAUGGUUACGGAUGUUGGAGAAGGCCUGAGCUAUUUCUUCACUCACACAUUAUUCCCACAGUUGCAUGACAGAAUGGCCUUAAUUUCUUGCCAGUAAUUUAAUGUCUCAUUAAUAGUCCUUGUAUUCAGAUAAUGUAUUUUAUUUAGCAUUCAAAAGGUCUAUUUAUCAAAGCACCGAUGCUAAGAACCAAGCACCCACCACCCAUCAGGAACUCGGCGUUGGCUGUGGCUGCAGUUCUCACUCACUGGGGGUUUCCUCCAGCUGCACAUUCUCUGCAAUGUUCCUCAUGCCUGUUUAAUGUAUGUUUUUUUCCUUUAUAUAAAAUGGAGCCUUAAUAAGACAA